AUGUCCCAAGGUACUUUAUACAUUAACAAGUCUCCAAGAAACUUCACUGCUGAAGCUUUGAUUUCUCACUUCAAAUUAGAUGUCAAAAUCGCCGAUCUAGAGCAAUCCAGCGAAUUUGCCCCUUUGUUUCCUUUGAAACAAGCCCCAGCUUUCUUAGGCCCAAAGGGUUUGAAGUUAACUGAAGCUUUGGCUAUUCAAUUUUAUUUGGCUAACUUGAUAACUGAUGACAAAGAAAAAGCUCACUUGUUGGGUUCCGAUAUCAUCGAACAAUCUCAAAUUCUUAGAUGGGCCUCCUUUGCCAAUUCUGAUGUCAUGUACAACAUUGCUCGCUCAUACCUUUCCAUUAAGGGUUUGAUUCCAUACAAUAAGAAGGAAGUUGAUGGUUGUUAUGUUAAGAUUGACAAUUUCGCUGCCAUUUUUGAUGCUAGAUUGAGAGACUACACCUAUGUUGCCACCGAAAACAUCUCUCUAGGUGACAUUCACGCCGCUAGUUCCUGGGCUUUCGGUUUGGCUACUAUUUUAGGUCCAGAAUGGAGAGCUAAGCACCCCCAUUUAAUGAGGUGGUUCAACACUGUCGCUGCCUCGCCAAUUGUAAAGGCUCCAUUUGCCGAAUUCAAACUGGCCGAGAAGGCUUUAACUUACGUUCCACAAAAGAAGCAGAAGGCCGAGAAGCCUAAGGCCGACAAGCCAAAGGCUGAAAAGAAGAAGGACGAAGCAAAGUCAGAAGAACCUCGUCCAGAAAAGAAGGAAAAGCACCCAUUGGAAGCUUUAGGUAAACCCACCUUUGUCUUGGAUGACUGGAAGAGAAAAUACUCCAACGAAGAUACCAGACCAGUCGCUUUGCCAUGGUUCUGGGAACACUACAACCCUGAGGAAUACUCCAUCUGGAAGGUUGGUUACAAAUACAACGACGAAUUGACCUUAACAUUCAUGUCCAACAACUUGAUUGGUGGUUUCUUCGCCAGAUUGUCUGCUUCCACCAAGUACAUGUUCGGUUCUCUAGUUGUCUACGGUGAAAACAACAACAACGGUAUUGUCGGUGCCGUUAUGAUCAGAGGUCAAGAGUUCGCUCCAGCUUUCAAUGUUGCUCCAGAUUGGGAAUCUUACGAGUACGUCAAGUUGGACGCAACUAAGGAAGAAGACAAGGAAUUCCUCAACAACAUGUGGGCUUGGGAUAAGCCUGUAGUUGUUGAUGGCGAAUCCAAGGAAAUUGUUGACGGUAAGGUUUUGAAAUGA